AUGGUGCCUCCUAACCCAACUUUCUCGCCAGCUCCGCCGCCUCCUUCGCCGGCAGUGGCGGGGCAUAGAAGGGACCAGAAUUUUAAAAACGUUGCCCCUCCAAAAGUCAAAAGUGCUUUUAAAGUGUUAGUUUUCUUUCCAAGUGUUUGGUCGUAUGGAAUGACAAAAAGAGUUAGAUCUACAUUGGAUGUGAGGAAUUAUACCAAAGCGAUUUUGAGUGGGCUAGAGUACAUUCAUGAAAGGGGUUAUGUGCAUUGUGAUUUGAAGCCUGAAAACAUAUUGCUUGUCACCUCCGGUUCUGGUUUUGUGCCAAAAAUUGGGGACUUUGGGCUGGCAAAGACGGCUAUGCAGAAGCUUACAUGUCAAGGAACAUCGAUGUAUUUGUCUCCGGAAGCUGUUUGUUGCAGAGUCCAGGAGCAGCCUUCCGAUAUUUGGGCAUUAGGUUGCGUUGUGCUCAGGAUGUUAACAGGGAGGCAGCCAUGGGAAGCGAAACAUGGCGCUAAAUUGGAUGAACCAGAGCCCCUUGUUGCUUCAAAAGUUCCCAAUAUUCCAGGCUGGUUAUCCGAUGAUGCUAAAGAUUUUCUGGGAAAGUGCCUAGUGAGGGACCCUUUCGAGAGAUCGACAGCUGCUGAGCUCUUGGAUCACCGGUUUGUGACAAAACUGGAUGUGGUUGGAAAGGUUGAACCAGUGGAGGAGGUUGCUUCAGAGUCACCUUCAGAGCAAUAUGGAAGCUUUAUACCCCUUGGAAGCUGGAAUUCCGAAGAGGCAGAAGAUUUUGGGCCAAUUCUUCCUGUGGCACUCUUGAACCCUAGACCUGUUAUUCCAAGCACGGCUUGCCAAAAGGUAAACUUUGCGAUAGAGGGCGCAGCUUGGCUCAAAUUGUUUUGUUACCUGUUCAUGGAUUGGUGUAAUACUUCAUUAUUCCGCAUCUGUAAUUGUAAAUUUUGACAUGAAUUAUCUUCUUGGCGGCUGUAUUGAUUUCACUUUACAUAUAGAAAUAACAGUUCUCAAGCUCAUUCAACAGUUAA